UGGAAAAUGCCGAAUAGCCGUGACAUGCGACGGAAAACCGACAUGGCUGGAUUUUCCGUUGAAUAAACAGAGCUGCGCAGCGGAUGAAGAAUGGAAGAAGGAACUUGAAGACCUGGAAAAUAAAGUGGACGACGUUGAGAACGAUUUGUCCAGGCUGACACAACUGAUAGAAAAUCUUGAGGGUGGCUUCAAAGGAGCGCCAACAUCGUCUGCAACUGGAGCAGUUACAAAUACUGUAGGCCAUACUACGACAGGGAGCGAAAAUACCAAGAAUAUUGCCAUUUCUCUCGUCCCAACAAUCUCGACUAAAUCAUCCGACAAAAGCACAAAAACCCUGGAGACGACAACCGACAAAAACGCGGAAAGUCUCAGCACCCAUGGCAGCUCGCAAACAACAGUAAUAGAACAAACAUCACAAAUGGGCCCAACUUCUGACAACACUAGCAGCACCGUAAUCGUUGAAACAACUAAGGCGUUGCAACCAAGUACAGCCGUCCAGAGUACCACGGAUGGCUCAGAUGACACUACUGCCGAUAUCCCACCUUCCUACAACGGCAAGACAUUUAUUCCACUAAUAUACAUACAUCAACAGCCAACCGACAAUAAUUUAUUAUACAAAGCUGAAGCACAAGCGAAAUGCCAAGAAAUAGGAGGAGCAUUGGCAAACAUCUACGACCAAACGCAAAUGAAUGAGACUAUGUCAUACAUCAGGAAAAAGGCAACAAGACUGCACGAAGUAUACCGCUUCCACCUUGGGAUGACCUAUGACAUCUCAGCGCGACAACUUUACCUUCGUAAUGGAACAGCUAUAUCUGAAUCCAAAUUUCUGUGGCGAUUAGAUAAUCCCAGACUGGACAUGGCAUUUACCCAGGUGUACUUACACGUCAACAAGGAUCCAUCCAGCGACAUCAACUAUCUAUUCAACUAUCAGGAUAGUAACCGUCAAGCCAUUUGUGAAGUUUAAUUAUCUUAUCAACAAACACUCAAAGCUACCUAGUCUAGUUCCUGUGUCUUGUAUUAUACUAUAUAUAUUAUAUUUAAAAAUGUCAAAUAGUCGAACAAAAUGUAUUCGACGUUGAGCACGCUGAAUCACGCUUAACCACCAAUCCAGCAAAAAUAUUCAAACUUUGAAAUAUCAUAAAAUAGCGUUGGCGGUGACGUUAUGGCGUCUCAUUGACCAGCUCGGUUCAGAUUGAAACAUUUUGGAAUUGUAACGUAAUGCCAGUGUUCGAAAAAUCUUUGAGGAUUUUUUCUUCAAAUGAUCCGUGAAUACAAAUGUGACUAAGCAGAUAUGUGUUUGUCUAAAUGCCGACGAAAUGAAUCAAAUUUAACUCAAAAUCGGAGUUGUGUUGGACUUCUGAAAACUCAAUUCCUCAAAUUUCAUUGCAUUAUAAAAAUGAUAACCGUGUACUUCAGCAAAUAAGGACUGCUACUGAUAGUAUACAUAGAAAAUUACGAUCAAAAAUACUACACAGCGGAGUAAAUAAUGAUGACGCUUGGUAAAAAUAACUGUCAUGUUAGUUUGUGCCGUCCCUAGUGGAAAGUCCGCUUCAAUUUUACUGAAUGCGUGAACAUCUGCACCAAAGCCAUAAUUUUGUUGGUCUGAAUUAUUUAUUAAGCUUCAGUCAGAACCGCCUCGUCACGCAAAUCUCAUUUAUGGAAAAAUCUGACUCGGAUGGCUCUAUGGUCGUUUCGCAUCAUCCAGUCUUUACUAAAAAAUAUUGUCUUUGUUUAUUGUGUUUUAUUUAUUUGUUUUUGUUUACAAAACCAUAAAUUUAUCUAUCAAUCUAAAGCUCAUCCUUUCAGAUCUUUCUUAGAUUUAUUUUUUCUAGUCUUCUGGUGUUACUACUUUUUCUCAAAUA